GUCCAGCUCUCGAGGUGCAUUCUGGGAUUUGAAGCCGGUUGAAAACUUCUCGAAGGAACUGCAAAGAUGAUGCCCACACCGGUUAUCCUGCUGAAGGAGGGAACAGACACCUCCCAGGGAAUACCCCAGCUCAUCAGCAACAUCAAUGCCUGCCAGGUGAUUGCUGAGGCUGUGAGGACGACCCUGGGGCCCAGGGGAAUGGACAAACUGAUGGUGGACAGCAGAGGUAAAGCCACCAUCUCCAACGAUGGAGCCACCAUCCUGAAGCUGCUGGAUGUGGUUCACCCCGCAGCCAUGACUCUGGUUGACAUCGCUCGCUCCCAGGAUGCUGAGGUCGGAGACGGAACCACCUCCGUCACCCUCCUGGCCGCCGAGUUCCUGAAGCAGCUGAAGCCGUACGUGGAGGAGGGCCUCCACCCUCAGACCAUCAUCAGAGCGUUCCGCACCGCCACCAACCUCGCCGUCAACAAGAUCAGGGAGAUCUCCGUCUCCGUGAAGAAGGACGACAAGCAAGAACAGAGGGAGCUGUUGGAGAAGUGUGCAGCCACAGCCCUGAACUCCAAACUCAUCGCUGGACAGAAGGACUUCUUCUCCAAAAUGGUGGUGGACGCCGUCAUGUCUUUGGACGACCUGCUUUCUCUGAAGAUGAUCGGCAUCAAGAAGGUCCAAGGAGGAGCUCUCGAGGAGUCCCAGUUGGUCUCUGGGGUUGCUUUCAAGAAGACCUUCUCCUACGCCGGAUUUGAAAUGCAGCCUAAACGCUACGAUAGUCCCAAGAUCGCUCUGCUCAACGUGGAGCUGGAGCUGAAGGCGGAGAAGGACAACGCCGAGGUCCGCGUCAAGUCUGUGGAGGACUACCAGGCCAUCGUUGAUGCAGAGUGGAACAUCCUGUACGACAAACUGGAGAAGAUCUACAAGUCGGGAGCCAAGGUGGUUUUGUCCAAGUUGCCCAUCGGCGACGUGGCCACUCAGUACUUCGCAGACAGAGACCUGUUCUGCGCCGGCAGGGUGCAGGAGGAGGACCUGAAGAGGACCAUGAUGGCCUGUGGAGGCUCCAUCCAGACCUCAGUGGGAGCGAUGACAGACGACGUCCUGGGACAGUGUGAGGUGUUUGAGGAGGUCCAGGUCGGAGGAGAGAGGUACAACUUCUUUAAGGGCUGCCCGAAGGCCAAGACGUGCACCAUCAUCCUGAGGGGGGGAGCGGAGCAGUUCACAGAGGAGACGGAGCGGUCGCUGCACGACGCCAUCAUGAUCGUACGCAGAGCCAUCAAGAAUGACUCCAUCGUAGCGGGCGGAGGAGCCAUAGAGAUGGAGCUGUCCAAGUACCUGCGGGAUUAUUCCAGGACGAUCCCCGGAAAACAGCAGCUGCUGAUCGGAGCGUACGCCAAAGCCCUGGAGAUCAUCCCCAGACAGCUGUGCGACAACGCCGGCUUCGACGCCACCAACAUCCUGAACAAGCUGCGUGCGAAACACGCACAGGGUGGCGUGUGGUACGGCGUGGACAUCAACAACGAGGACAUCGCCGACAACUUCACCUCCUGCGUCUGGGAACCGUCCAUCGUUCGCAUCAACGCUCUGACGGCGGCGUCGGAAGCCGCCUGCCUCAUCCUGUCGGUCGACGAGACCAUCAAGAGCCCACGCAGCUCGGCGGACGCCCCCCCGGGCGCCGGCAGGGGCCGCGGGAGACCCCACGCUCAUUAGGACGCAAAACUCAAACCAAAAAAAAAAACCUGAUUUUAGAGUGGCAUUAAAACCCAAAUGCAGACUUCACGUUACACGACGUCACGGUUGCUCAGUGCAGCUUUUGUACGUUUGACCUGCAUUUGGAUUUGAAUUCUACGUUAAAAUGAGGUGGUGACACAUUCAGGUGGCAGGUGUGGUGAAACAAACUGUUUGGGCCGUUUUUUCGUGUGUGUUUUUUUUGUUUUUCAAGCUUCGUCACAGACUUGGUAACAUCUGUUAAAACAUUUCAACGUACGUUCACACCCGUGGUCGCGAUGAGUGAAGCAGAAUGACGGCGUCCCCCUCUUAGUUUGUUAAGACACACUCCUGUCAUCAUCCCUCUGUGACUCCAAGGAGCCGUUCGUUAACUUCCUUCUCUUACUGAUGUGUAACACGGGAAAUAAAGCACUGAUGAGAUGUUGAACAGUUCUUGGUUGGUCACGCUGUGUGAAACUAUUUAUUGGACCAUUCUUAUCAAUAAAUUCACCGCUGAAAUGA